AUCCCCCUUGGCCAGCAGAGCCUCCGCACCCCCGGGGAACGCCUCCCCCCCCCUCACGCCGCAGCCCCAUAGAGGGCUCCCCGCUCUCCCUCAGCCCUCUCCUCCUCGCAAGCCAAGAUGAACUACCUGCGCAGGCGGCUCUCCGACAGCAACUUCAUGGCCAACCUGCCCAAUGGCUACAUGACGGAUCUGCAGCGCCCGCAGCCGCCGCCGCCGCCGCCCAGCGCCAGCUCCCCGUCCCCGGGCAGCGUCUCCCCCGCCGAGAGGCCCCCGCCGGCGGCUGCCCCCAGCCCCAGCGCUGGCGGGAGUGGCGGGUUCUUCUCGUCCCUCUCCAACGCCGUGAAACAGACGACGGCGGCGGCGGCGGCCACCUUCAGCGAGCAGGUUGGGGGGGUAGCCGGCUCCGGAGCGUCCUCGGGGCGCAGCAAAGUGCUGCUGGUGGUGGAUGAGCCGGGCACGGACUGGGCAAAAUAUUUCAAGGGGAAGAAACUUCAUGGAGAGAUGGACAUCAAAGUUGAGCAAGCAGAGUUCUCUGAUCUCAAUCUGGUGGCUCAUGCCAGUGGCAACUUCUCUGUUGAUAUGGAGGUUAUGCGCAAUGGUGUCAAGGUAGUCAGGAGUCUGAAGCCUGACUUUGUGCUGAUUCGGCAGCAUGCCUUCAGUAUGGCGCGUGGUGGAGACCAUCGUGGCAUUGUGAUUGGGCUGCAAUAUGCAGGAGUGCCCAGCGUCAACACUCUUCACUCGGUGUACAACUUCUGUGACAAGCCAUGGGUGUUUGCCCAGAUGGUCCGCCUGCAUCGCAAACUUGGACCAGAAGAAUUCCCACUCAUUGACCAGACCUACUAUCCCAAUCACAAAGAGAUGCUCACAACCUCCAAGUACCCUGUGGUGGUGAAGAUGGGACAUGCUCACUCUGGAAUGGGCAAGGUCAAGGUAGAGAACCAGUAUGAUUUCCAGGACAUUGCCAGUGUGGUGGCCCUCACCAAAACUUAUGCCACUUCAGAGCCCUUUAUUGAUGCUAAAUACGAUGUCCGUAUCCAGAAGAUUGGCAACAACUACAAAGCCUACAUGAGAACCUCUGUUUCGGGGAACUGGAAAACAAACACCGGAUCUGCCAUGCUGGAACAAAUAGCCAUGUCAGAUAGGUACAAGCUGUGGGUGGACACUUGUUCAGAAAUCUUUGGUGGCUUGGACAUCUGUGCAGUGGAAGCUCUGCAUGGCAAGGAUGGACGUGACCACAUCAUUGAGGUAGUGGGAUCAUCCAUGCCUCUGAUUGGAGACCACCAGGAUGAAGACAAGCACCUGAUUGUGGAGCUGGUGUUGAUUCGCAUGGCUCAGGCCAUCCCUCGCACACCAGCACCCUCGCCAGUGUGCUCUGCCUCAGGACAGCAUGCCCAGGUAUCAUCCUGCCAUUUCUACUGUGAGCCUCUGGAAACAUCUGGACAGCGACAGGGCCCUCCUGCCCAGCAGAGGCCACCACCCCAGGGAGGUCCGCAGCAGCCACCCCCAGGCUCCCAGCGCCCCCCAUCUCAACAGCGCCCCCCUCCUCAAGGUCAGCAGCUUUCGGGGCUCUCUCCACAGCCAGGUGGUCCACAAGCGGGUCAGCGUCUGCCAAGCCCCACCACCCAGCAACCACCUCUGCAGGCACAGCAGCGUCCAGGAGGGCAACGCCAGCCGGGGCCAGGAACCCAUCAGUCCCGCCAGCAGGGACCGCAGUCUGCUCCACAGUCCCCACAGCCCCAGAGAGGCCCUAGCCCUAGUGGUGGUGGACAGCAGCCGUGGCAGCAAGGGUCCCCUCAGCAGCAGCGGCCUGCCGGAGCAGGGCCCCCCAAGGUAGCCUCUGGGGGCCCACCAGGGCAGCAGCAGCCACAGCAGCCACAGCAGCAGCGUCCUCCAGCCACAGGAAGUCAGCCACGGCAGCAUCCACGGCAGGGCAGCCAGGGGGGAGCACCCCAGCAGCGCCCCCCGGGGGCAGGAGUGCAGCAGCAGCGCCCAGCACCACCCACAACCCAGCAGCCAAGGCCUAGUACUCAGGGGCAGGGCCCUGGUGGCCCAGGGCAACAAGGAAGCCGCCCUCCACCAAGCCAAGGAAAACCACAAGUGGCCCAGAAGCCCAGUCAGGACCUGCCUCCACCCCAGCCCCAGCUGAACAAAUCCCAAUCUCUGACCAAUACCUUCCCCCUUGCAGAGGCGCCGGUGCCACGGGGCAGCCUUAGUCAGGACGAAGUGCGUGCUGAGAGCAUCCGCAGCCUCCGACAGAGCUUCGCCAGCCUCUUCUCCGACUGAGAGACUUCCCCCUACACUCUGCGACCCUUGACCACCCCCAGCCUACACCCUCUAUGUCUACUGGAACUCUUCUCCCCUGUAACCCAUACUGCUACGGUACACCCAAAAUUCUGCAUCUGUAUCACAAAGGAUGGACCUUUCUAAAGUUUGUGAUGAGCUGUUUCCCAGAGUUUGAUGACCCCUCAGCCAGUGGUACUGCUGGUUAGGGGGAAAAUCAUUAGGGGCCCCUUAAGAUCCUACUGAAAACACCUGCACCUGCUUGGAACCAUCAGGGCUAGAAGUGUGGCAGGUGUCAGGUCCCCAGUGCUAAUACUUCUGAAUGUGAAAGUUUUUUUCAUUUUGUUUUGUUUUAAUCACAGACCUGUGCAAGGCUGGCUUCUGAAAUACUUUUUCCUGCCCAUUUCAAGAAUGCCACCGUAUGUUGGGACUUGUUCCUGCAGAGGAGCCCUGACCCGUUUUCUCUUAUAUUUCCAUUAAAGCUUCCCUGUCCCUCAAAACCUUUUGUCCUAGCUCCCUCUUCUGCUCUGUGUUUCAUGCAACGGUUUCUCCCUAUGUUUUUGUAUUUAUUUCUUUAGGACCUCCCUGCACCCUUAAAUUAAUGAACCCCUUCCCCCAUCCCACAAACAUACAAAUUAGCAGAGAGCUUCCCUUCUCUCCUUUCAUCAGAGUCCUCCUCCCUGAAUCUGAGGCUGCAGAUUUCUCAAGUUCACAUUUGUUCUACAUGAAUAUGCAAACUUUGUUCCCAGCUCUCUUCUCCCUAAUGCUGGGGGUCCCCAGGGCUGGGGAAAAGGGAAGGGAGAGGGGUCUCUUGGGGUCUCUGUACAUAGCACGAGGGAGGGGACCCCCUCCUGGGGCCAUGUCUGUGUUUGUAGCCACAAGGUGUCUGUGUCACUGUUUGUGAAUAAGCCAAUCAAUUGCCACUUGCCCUCCUUGCUAUCAUUCAUUUCCUGCUUGGUAGCUGUCCACUCACAACAACCAUUGCCUUUGCCUUGGCUACAGGCUCUGCCUUUUCCACCAUUGUCUUAGCAAUUGGUAAUUCCAAUUCCUGCCUCCCAGCAACUCUUGGUAAUGAUAUACUUGGCACGCCUUAAUUCUGGUAUGCAUCCUGUUCACCCUGCCUCACCUCUGCUUUUCACUAUUACCUGAUAUUCCAGAACCUUCCUGGCAUGUCCUUCCCAUAAACACAAUGGCAGUGUCUUUCUGUCUUCACUGACUGCCAAGAAGGUACAAGGGACAGGGCAAAUGACACUUCCUUUCUCUUGAGCGAUAAGCUAGUUGAUGUGUCCUUCCCCUCCAAUUUGGUACUGCCCUUUGGAUGGAGGGCCAACUAUGGAAGUGUUUUAUCAACUCCAUGCUCCCUUCUAUGCCAACCAAAGCUAGUCCUCAGCCCACUCAUGAAUCCCAUCUUCUCAGAUAACAGCCAUACUACUGCCACUGUAGCCAAGGGAUGCUUCUACCAUCUUGAUCGGUGGGUGGAAAGCCACCCCUACCCUCAUGGACAUUUAGGGGAUUCAUGUUCACAUCCCAGAGCUUGAUUCCUCCUUCCACUCCCCUCUGUAUAUAACUCAAGAGAGAAACCUCCCACUAUAUUUUUGUGAUCUCCCCUUAUCCCUAAAGCUGUGUC